AUGUCUGUUGUCGUCAGAGUAACUACUUCCUGUCGGAGCCGACUUUUCUGCCGCCCAAAUCGCUGGACGCCUCCCCCAACGCUGCUUGUCUUCUCCGCCCAUUCGACACCCUACACAUAUUCUCCCGCCAUGUCUUCGCCAGCGAUUUUAGCCGCUCGUGCAGCUCUGGCCAGCAUUGACUUAUCGAACUAUGACCCGGAACAGUCCCGGCUGAUGGACGAAAGAUGUAUCCUCGUCGAUGAACAGGAUAAUGCGAUCGGACCUAUGGACAAGAAGACAUGUCAUUUGAUGGAAAACAUCAAUAAAGGUCUUCUUCAUCGUGCCUUCUCUGCUUUCGUGUUUCGGCCAUCGGAUGGGAAACUGCUCCUGCAACAGCGCGCAAGUUCGAAGAUAACAUUCCCGGACAUGUGGACAAACACAUGCUGUUCCCAUCCACUGUAUGAUUUCGAAGUGGAAAAGGUGGAGAAGGACCAGCUCGGUGUUCGUCAUGCUGCGUCAAGGAAAUUAGAACAUGAACUGGGGAUUCCGCGGAGUCAAACACCCGUAGACCAACUUCAGUACCUUACCAGGAUACAUUACCUCGCGCCUUCAAAUGGCACAUGGGGCGAGCACGAAGGUAAAAAUCAUCACACCGCCGGUGACUUCCUUCUGAAACUUCCGAUAAGUCGACUACAUUCUAUUCCUGACGGCUGACGUCACCGUCAACCCCAACCUGAACGAAAUUCGCGACUACGAAUGGGUUGACAAGGUCGAGCUGCAAAACAUGUUUGAAGACAGUGCCAACUCCUUCACGCCGUGGUU